AUGUCGGCAAGGAGAGCAGCGAAGGCAUUGGUGAAACCUGAACUGUAUCCUCUUUACUUGUACAAACGUAUAUUGAGGCUUCACUGUGGUUUACCAGCACCAGCUCGGUUGAUGGGUGAUCCAUACGUGAAAGACGAAUUCCGUCGACACAAGGACGCUAGUCCCGAACACGCUGCCAUAUUUAUUAAUGAAUGGACGAAUUAUUGUGUGACUCUGUCGAAACAGUUGUCCACAUCCGGUAUCGUCAAAGGAUUUAUUGGCAAGGACUUGGAACCGGAAAAACUGGACAGUUUCGCUGAAGAGCAACUGCGGCAAUUAUUGGAACUUAAGCUUGAGUCCGAACGAAUGAAAGAGGCCGCAGAAGGACAGAAGGAAGGAUUGGAUGAGCCUGUCAACCGGUCGGAAAAUUAG